AUGCCGGCCAAUGAAGAAGUUGCUGAUAAUCAGACCUUCGCACAAUCAGUUGAUCAAGUCGAUCAUCAUCAUCCUUUGUACAUUCACCCAUCCGAUACACAAGGUUCUCUUCUCAUCUCUAUUCAGCUACAAGGUUCUGAAAACUCCUCUAUUUGGAGUAGAUCUUUGAAAAUCGAAGACCUGAUGGAACGAUUUGACAAAGUAAAUGCUUCUAGAGCAGCUUAUCUACAUAAGGAAAUUGUUACUUUAACACAAGGAGAAUCCUCUGUGUCUGUGUAUUUCUCUCGUUUGAGGGAACUCUGGGAUGAGUAUGAAACACUUACUCCUCCACCUUCAUGUGGUUGUCCUGAGUCAAAGAAGCAUGUAGAACCCUAUCAGCUUCAAAAGCUUUAUCAGUUUCUCACAGGCCUCAAUGACUCCUAUGAGAAUGCCAAAAAUCAGGUGUUAAUGACUCGACCAUUACUUAAUCUAAACCAAGCCUAUGCCAUGAUAAUCAAUGUAGAAAGCCAAAGGAUCACUGGAAAAAGUGUGUAUGGUUCUAAUGAUAACAAUGAAGAUGCUGUUAUGAUGAAAACACAAGGCAACCAGCUGAAUUGUGCUGCUCCAGCUCAGUUCUUUACUCCAGAGCAAUACCAGCAAGUCCUGCAGAUGCUGAACAAGGGCAAAGAUACUGAACCUAUUGCUAACUCAGCUACUACAAGGACAUCAAGUAUACUAUAUGCUUUUAUGUCUACUUUGGUGGAUCAUAAUUGGAUAGUAGACACGGGAGCAUCUUAUCACAUAGUGCAUUGUCUAAAUCUAUUGGACUCCUAUGAGGAAGUAUCAGAGAAGGAUAAAAAUAAAGUCCAAUUGCCUACUGGAGAACAAGCUUCUAUUACACACACUGGAAUAUGUUCUUUCUUCAGAAAUAUGAAAAUUCGGAAUAUACUUCACAUUCCGGAUUUCAAGAACUCUUCAGUGGGAAGGAGACUAGGACAUGCUCCUCUAAAGGUACUGCAGAAACUACAUAAUCUUCAUGAGUUGCAUCUAACUGAUCAUCAGCAUUGUACUGUAUGUCCUAUUGCAAAGCAAUCAAGGCUACCUUUUCCUCUUAGAACCACUUGUUCUACUUCUAUUUUUGAUCUUGUUCAUGCAGAUGUUUGGGGUCCAUAUAGACUACCAACUCAUGACAGCAGGAGAUAUUUUUUAACCUUGGUGGAUGGUUUCUCUAAAUACAUUUGGAUUUUUCUUCUAACUACUAAGGCGGAUACCAUUGUAGUUUUAAAGAACUUUCUUACAAUGGUGUCAAAUCAGUUUAAAACUACAAUCAAGUGCCUCAGAACUAAAAAUGGCACUGAAUUUGUGAAUGAUCAAGUCCAUUAUCUGUUGCAAAGUCCGGGAAUUCUACAUCAAAGUUCUUGUGUUUGUACACCCCAACAAAAUGGGUUGGUGGAGAGAAGGCAUAGGACUAUAUUAGAUAUGGCUAGAGCUCUCAGAUUUCAGGCCUUUAUACCUAUGAUAUUUUGGGGUGAGUGUGUGUCUAUAGAAGUGCACCUAUUGAAUAGAUUACCUACUGGACUUCUUCAAGGAAAAUCUCCAUUUGAAGCACUAUUUCAGAAGACACCUUCCAUAGAACAUCUUAGAGUAUUUGGUAGCUUAUGCUAUGUCACAAAAGUGCAGAAAGGUGAUAAGCUCAGUCCUAGGGCAAUUCCAGCAGUUCAUAUAGGAUAUUCAUCUUCUCAAAAGGGCUAUAUUCUCUAUGAUCUACAUUCCAAGGGCUUCUUUGUCAGUGGAGAUACUGUCUUCAAGGAAGACAUUUUUCCUUUUAAGCACAUGCAACUUGGAACCUCUCUCUUAUUUCCUAUACUAGAGUUUACAGAUUCACCAAUUGAAAAGAGUAUUCAACCUGUAUCUGUUUCAGAUUUGCCUACUUUUAGUGUUCAACAAAUGUCUUCUCCUUCUAGUCCUCUCUAUGGUGAUCAUUCUGAACCAACCCCUUCUAUUCCUCCUUCUGCACCCUCAGUUUCUCCUGAAGACCAGCGCAAGAAAUCUACAUGUCCUUAUCCUGUAUCACAACAUGUUUCUUACAAUCAACUGUCUUCAAACUACAGGGCUUCUCUUGCUGCAUAUUCAGCUAUUGUUGAACCUAGAACAUCAAAGAAGCAAGUGCUGAUCCGAAAUGGAUUGAAGCUAUGCAAGCUGAGAUUUCAGCAUUACAAGACAAUAACACCUGGUCCUUGGUUGAUCUGCCUCGAGGAAAAGUUCCUAUAG